AUGGACUCGUUACAGUUCGGGCAUCGCAUGUUCGAACGGGUACGCCGGGGUGAGCGUCUAACCGACGAGGAGAUAGGCGUCAUCGCAAACAAAAGUAUAGAAUUGGCUGGGGUGGAACCAAGAAGAGAACGCUCAACCAAACCAGAUCAGGUGUUGAGCAAACCAGUCGAUGAAUUCAGCCAACAGGACGCGAGAGAAGUGAGCUCAAAAGAGAGUCGAGCGUUUGCAAAUGUUCCGGCAACGGGCUCGCUAUCAUCAAAUGUUCAAUCUGUCGCCGAAAGAAAUGACUAG